AUGCAAUCCAAGAUUGAUUCAUUGAGACAACAAAUUUCUGAACUUGAAGCUGAAAAGGUUGAGCUUGAACCCAAGAAUGCCAAGCUUUUAAAACAGGUUAUAGUUAUGGAAGAGAGCACCAAAUGCGAAGCUGAAAAUGAGCCAUCUCCUACAAAAGAUAUUUCACCACUUAUCGAGAGCCAUUCUGAUGGGGAGAAAGGUAUUACUCCUAAUCCCUUGCCUAAAAUAGAACAUAGUAAUAGCUCAACCCAAUCUGAAUCUUCAAUGGAGCCUUCUUUACCACAAGAUAUCAUCGAUGAUGAUUCAGCUGAGAUCCUAGAUUUUGUAGAAACAAUACAUAAGGAAAGGAUUAAUAGCAAGAUAAGAGAAAGGAACCAGGAAAAAAAACUUCAAAAAUCUCAUAAUAACUUAACUCCUCUGAUACAAUCUGAGGCAUCAACUAUGCCAACACUAACAUCUGAAUCUCUGGACUUGAAAAUU